AGGAGAGAGGUUGUAAAAAAAAAAUGUCUCGGUUGUUGCAAAUUGGGUUGGCGAGAUCAGUCAGAAACGCUCAAUGUAGUGGUGGUGGGAUUCGAGGCUUCUCGUCGGAGGGGAUGGUUUCAUCACCAUAUCUGUUGCUUCCGUACGAGGUCAUGGGAGAUUCUCCCGGCGGUGGCAAAUUGGUGAAUCUAAACUUUUAUGAUCCGACUAAAAAGAAGACAGUGAGGGUUCCUAACCAAACGAUUCCAGAGAAGCUCAGCAAGUCCAGCUUCAUCGGGUCGUCAAGGGGAUGGGUUGGUCAACUAAACACCAAGGAUCUAACCGUACACCUGACCAACAUGUUCAAUCCAAUGGCCGCUAUUUCAUCCCACAAGGUCAUCUCGCUUCCUCCGCUUGAACCCAUGCGCUCCUCCACCAGACCUCUGUACAAGAUGAUUAAGGGCAUGUCUCUCUCCUCUCCCCCUGACCAAGAAGUUCCUUCAUCGUGUACGGUGGCCCUCAAGUGGGAAGGUUCCAUCUCUUUCUGUCAGUUAGGAAGAUCAGGAGUCUCAUCGUGGACUCACCACUUGGAUCUCCCCUGCAGACUCAAAGAUUCGGGUGUUCUCUACUCGGACAAAGAUUCCGUCAUCUACAUUACGCCCAACACUGAGCUAUUCUCCAACACUGACCCCAUCCCAUCAUUCAACACGAAUUGCAAAACACCCUUGACUCAUUACCACCAACUUGGACCUCUCACCAUGCCCAAGAACAUCUCGGACACCGAGUACCAGUUGUUACAGUGGUGCAUCCGCAUCAACCACUUGGUUCAGUCACCCUUGGGAGAUUCCUUCGUCGUUCGCUGCUUUAUCCAGGUCUCGUGUGACGGGAAACCCAUCCCAUUCUGGGAGCUGGCCAAGGACCAAGGGUACAAGAAGAGGGAAGGUAGCGUCGUGGCCAAAAUUAAGACAUUUACAGUGCAUAAAAGAGACGAAGCCAAAGGCUGUGAGCCCUGUACUGAAGACAUUGGAGAUCUUUGUAUCUUCUUUGGUAUGAACGAGCUCUUCUGCCUCAAAGCAAGCACCUACCCGGAACUUGUCCCUAAUUCAAUCUACUUUAUCGACGCCGGUAGCGUCUACAUCUUCCAUCUCGCCACCCAAACCUACACUCAACUCACCAACCCCAACCACCUCACUGUUCCUUACUGGCUUCCUCCAACAGUUUGAUGAUUUUCUCCCUACUUGUUUCUUUCUUAAUUAUCUAGUUUUUACUUUUCUUUUUUUGUUGGCUUUCGUGCUCGAUUAGUCAGUCUCUUAAUUAAUUAAUGAAUAAAAGUGUCUUUUCUUGGAACUUCAUGAGAGAAGCCAAAGAUAUAAUUGAACUAGCAAGUCAAAAAUUUGCAGACCCA